UACAUUUUUUAUGACCCACUGAGAUUGUGCAUUAUUAGUCUGUUUCUCCAGGAACCUCAAUAUCAGUGUCCCACCUAGUGACACAUUUACAAUAUCCACACAAAUAACACAUUCUUAUAAUGAACAUAGUUACAUAAGAUAAGAGGAAAAGACAAAAAAGGAAAUACUGAUUAAUUUUAACGUUAUAUAAUAGAUGUCCAACUCUUUCCUAAAACAAUGUAAUUUAUCUGCCAGUUCAGGUCCCUCAUGCAGGGAAUUGUAGACCCCCAUUGUUCUUCAUUUGGCAUUGACUUUCUUCUCUUGUUACUGUACAGGUUUGUGCUAUUGAUUCAUUGUUUUCCCUCCCCAAGUCAUUUAUCAAUAGAUUGAAUAAUGAGCAUAUUCAUUACACAGGGACCCAAACUGAACCAAGUGGCUCCCAAUUUACUUCAAAUUUGCUUCUUGCCAUCCAAUAGCCUUCAGCUGUCAGGAGAAUUCUGAGGGUUGUAGUUUAAGACAACGUUUAUUCUGCCGUUUACUUUCAAACACUGAUUUUAAUGAAAGGGUUAACUCCCAGGAGUACAAAGUGCUGUUUGUCUUUGAUAAAAGGGAAAGUUCAGUUUCGUUUCUUGUUCAGUUGCUGUUCCUGCUCUCAGUGAUGGCGGCUGCUGAUCUGAGAGACGAGCUGAGCUGCUCCAUCUGCCUGAGCAUUUAUACUGAUCCUGUAUCCCUGCCGUGUGCCCAUAACUUCUGCCGGGGCUGUAUUGGGAGGGUGCUGGGCACCCAGGAGGGAUCUGGGCCUUAUUCCUGCCCUGAAUGCAGACAGGAGUUUAAGGAGCGCCCUGCCCUGCCCAGGAACAGAACUCUGGGGAACAUAGCAGAGAGAUUCCUUUCUGCUCAGCCCGAGCCGGGGGACACUGGGAUUCCCUGCACCUACUGUGUCCUCUCUCCUGUACCUGCUGUUAAAUCCUGUCUCCUGUGUGAGGCUUCUGUGUGUGAGACCCACCUGAGGAUGCACAGCAAGUCAGCGAAACACGUCUUAAUAGAACCCACAAUGGACAUGGGGGACAAGAAAUGCUCCGUCCAUGAUGAACCCCUGAAAUAUUACUGCUGGGAGGAGUCUGUCUGUAUCUGUGUAUAUUGCUGGGUGUCUGAGGAGCACAGGGGCCACAGGGUGGAGCUGCUGAGUGAGGCCUCUGAGAAGAAGAAAGAGACACUGAGGAAAGUUGUGGAGAAACUGAGGCCAGAGAGAGAGGAGACUGAGAGAGGAGCCCAGAGACUGCAGGAGCGCAGGAGAGAAGUGGCAGAAAAAGCAGCCGGUGAGACAGAGAGAGUCACUGCCCUGUUUAGAGACAUCAGGGAACAGCUGGAAGCCCUAGAGAAGCGACUCCUGAGUGACAUCUCCAGCCAGAAAGAGAAGCUCUCACUCACACUCACUGAUCUGAUGGAGCAGCUGGAAAUAAAGAAGGACGAGCUGUCCAGGAAGAUCCGUCACAUUGAGGAGCUGUGCAACAUGGCAGAUCCACUCACUGUCCUACAGGAACGGGAAUCACAUGGAGCUGCAGAUAAUGAGGGGGGCAGAGAGAGACAUGAUAUAAAGGUCCCUGCUGUAGGGGAUCUGGAUGUGGAUCUGAUCUCAGAGACAUUACUCACAGGCUUAGCUUCCAUUGGGACUGGGGUAAAUUCAAAAUUAGCCCAUCAUUUGGGAACAUCAACCAGUGGAGGAGAAGGCUCAGAACUUUUUGUGUCAUUGAUAAAAACAAUACCAAGUAUUUCCCCAUUAAAUUCUAUUACUAACAGUAGAUUUGACUCUGUAUAUGGGCAGGAGGCUACAGACCUGUUACUGGAUAUAAACACGGCUCAUAAUAAUGUAUCUCUAUCAAGGGACAGGAAAUCUGCUUCCUACUCACUAACAGAACUACAUUACCCACAAUCCCCAGAGAGAUUUCAGGAUUAUGCUCAGACUUUAAGCAGCAGGAGUUUCCGCUCAGGGCGUCAUUACUGGGAAGUGGAGGUCAGUGAAUCAGGGGGCUGGGGGGUAGGGGUGACCUAUCCCAGUAUAGAGAGGAGAGGGGGUCAGUCCUGUAUUGGGUAUAAUAACAAGUCCUGGGGUUUGUACAGAUGGAAUAAUAAAUAUACAGUGAUACAUGACAGUAAAGACACAGAUUUACCCCACGUCCCUUCCUGCAGGAGAAUCAGGAUCUCAUUGGACUAUGAGGCCGGACGUCUGUCCUUUUAUGAGCUGAGUGAGCCAAUCAGACACUUACACACCUUCACUGUCACAUUCACUGAGCCCCUUCAUGCUGCAUUCUAUCUUUAUGGUGAUGGUACCUGAGUGAGAAUCAUUAAAUAAAUCCCUGCCCAGGGCUGGAGUCAAUGUUUAUAAGAAGCAAAUCUGCUGUGACUCCCCUUACCAGUAAAUUAACCCUAUUAAACCCUUUUGAAGUGCCACCAUUCAGAAUACACAAAAAUACUGAAUAGACACUGAUUAGUUCAGCCCUGCUAAGUAUAUUUUCCUUAUCACCUGGCUGCCAGAUUUUACUUAUCAGUACUGAGCAGUUUCUUACAUGUACUUGGCCAGUGAAUUAUAAUGUGUGGCUAUGAAGGACAGAUAAUAAUAAAGUGACGUUAUACAAGAAUGUUCAUGUAUCCACUGAUCAGACUGGGCCCAUAUAAUAUUGAAAAAAUCACUGAUGAUCUUAUUGAUGUUCUUCAUCACCUUAAUUGCCCCACUUGUCCAGUGAUGCCCCUCACCUGGGGCUUUUAGCCAGUAUAUAUGGGUGGGCUACUGGGGAUCUUUCACCUACGGACCAGACAACUACUUGGGUUAAACUCUGAAUUAUAUAUCUAUCUUUUGCUUUAUAUAAUGAAACCUUGGUAUAUUAUAUUAUUGAUUUACUGUGUACUUUUACAUUGUAUCUUUAUAGUGUGUAUAUUAUGGAUGAGCCAUAUAUAACUAUAUAACUAUAUUUGGAAGCCUAUUGGCUGGCUUUGUAAACUCUGCCCAAACAACUUCUUAUUGGCUUCUUUUCCUUUAAAUAAUUUUUUUUGUCUAAAGAAAGUUAGUCUAUGAUUGUCUAUUGGCGAUGUGAAACACAUAAAGCAUUUAUUUUUUAUACAUAAUGUAAAAUACAUUUUUUUACUAUUUAAACAUUGGGCUCCUGGAUUCUACUUGUUGGUGUUCUGGAUUGGUGCCUGUCUACAAGUACAAUCUUUAUCUAUUUCAGUAGUAUCUAAUAAUAAUAUAUAUAUAUAUGCUUUUUGCAGGUACCCAACCCACUGCAGACUCAGUAACUCACCUGGUAGAGCCAUUGUUUCAGGUAUAGGAAGUUUACUGCCUCCUAUUGGUUUAUAUAUAGAUUUCCAUCCACAGAGAACUGUACAGUCUUUCCCAUAUAUUUUGAGACAUACCUUCCAUUUCUCACAAAUUGUAUGUAAGUAACUAUACCAGAGGGCUUGUAUUUAGGCAAACAUGGACGUGUGCAGCCUUUAUACAAUAAUCCCCCACCAGGAUAGAAGCAGAUCAUUGGCCAUUACUAAACUCACAGGUAAAUACAGACCAUCGACUUUUUCUGUCAGUUGUUGGAAACUAUUUUGUUUGAUCUACAGAACAAUGGGAUGUAAAUGG